AUGUUUAGUGAAGAAACUUGGUUAAGAGAUUCAAUUCCUGAUGGGCCAAUAGAAAUUAGGGAUUACCUCCUCUUUAGACGUGAUCGCGAAAUACGAGCACAUGGAGGAGUCUGUAUAUAUGUAAAAGAAUCAAUAGAAUCUAAAAUGCUAUCGGAAUUUCACAAUGACGAACAUGAAGUACUUUGGCUAUUAUUACGUCCUAGGCGUUUACCGCGCGGGUUUUCGAAUAUUAUCGUCGCCUGCUUAUAUCAUCCACCCGACGCUGAUAAUACGACCAUGAGCGAAUAUCUAAAGUCCACAUUAGAGAUGGUCGAGACCCAAUUUUCAAACAGUGCCAUAAUACUGGCUGGAGAUUUCAAUAAGCUGAGCUUUAAAACUGCAGCUAGAUGCUAUGAAUUAAAGCCUGCAAUAAACUUCCCUACCAGAGGUUCGAACACUCUUGACCAAAUAUAUACAAAUAUGCAGAACUACUAUCAACCUCCAACUAAAAAUCCUCCCUUUGGGCUGUCAGAUCAUAUAACUAUUACUGUAUUUCCAAAAGUACGCGAAAGAUCGAAACUACAAAGGAAAACUAUUAGAAUUCGUCCAAAGAAACGCAGCACAAUCGCAAGUCUCGGCCGAUUCUUCAUGAAGAUACCGUGGACUGACUUGCUGUUUAAAGCCCAGUCUAGCGACGAAAAGUUGAAUAUAUUUACUGAAAUAAUACGAUACGGUUUGGACACGAUUAUGCCUGAGCGUUCUAUUAAAGUCCACGAAACGGAUAAACCUUGGAUGAAUGCUAACUUAAAACAACUUAUAAAGAGACGACAAAAAGCCUUCUCCUCGGGUGACGUGUUUCUCUAUAAAUUGUUGCGAAACAAAGUUAACCGUGAGAGGAAAAGGUGUCGAAUGAUAUACUACAAGAACAAGGUACAAGAUCUACAGCAUACCAAACCCCGUGAUUGGUGGCGAGAAGUAAAGCAGUUUUGUGGCACGUCUAAAGCAGCGAGAAGAGAUAUUCGGUCGAUAUUAAGAACAAAUACAGAGAGUAGUGAUCAAGAUCUGGCUAAUGAAAUUAUGAAAGCCUUUGUUAGUGUAAUGGACAAUUAUACGCCGUUAUCGGAGGACGUAUGCGUGUUGACGGACCAUGAUGAACCAAUUGUAGUGGACGAGGAGUCAAUCGCGAAAAAAACUUCGGCAGAUCAAUAUAUCAAGAGCGGGAGGCCCUGA